GAAAUGGGCAAAUUUAAGGAGGUGGGAGAGUACAUUUUAGUCAAAUUUAGGGGGCCAAUGCCAAACGAUCCCACUUAAAAGUAAUAAAUUAAGUAAAUGAAAUAAAUUGAGGAGAUUAGGCAUUAGUCAUGCAAGAAAAAUAAAAAUAAGAGUUGAAGUAUAGUGUCAUAAAUCGGUAAUGGAAAAAAAGAAACGUCUUGGCUUUUCCCAUUGCCUUAGAGUCUAAAAUCUGAAAGUUCUUAGCCUUUCCCUUUCUUCUUUUCAAUAAAAAACUCUCUGUCCACAUUCAUUUCCUCCCACUCUUCAAUUUCACCAAAAACUCCACCAUUUCUCUACCUGCAAUCAAUGGGCGGUGUAUACGGCGGCGGAGAAGACGACGACAGCAGCAGCAAGUGGCCGCCGUGGCUGCGGCCGCUGCUGCAGAGCAGCUUCUUCGGCCAAUGCAAGGUGCACGCGGCGGCGGCGCACAAGAGCGAGUGCAACAUGUUCUGCUUGGAUUGCGUCGACGGACCGCUCUGCUCACUUUGCCUCAACUUUCACAAGGAUCACCGCCCUAUCCAGAUACGGAGAUCGUCGUACCACGACGUGAUUAGAGUUGGGGAGAUUCAAAAGUAUUUGGAUAUAACCGGAGUUCAGACCUACAUUAUCAACAGCGCCAAAAUUGUGUUUCUGAAUCAACGCCGCCGCCCUCAGCCGCGCCCCGGCAAAGGCGCCGCCACCAAUACCUGCUGCGUCUGCGAUCGCAGCCUCCUCGAUUCCUUCACCUUCUGCUCCAUUGGUUGCAAGAUAGUCGGAACAUCGAAGAAUUUCGAUAAGGAGAAGAUAAGGAUGGAUGAUGGUGGUGCCUCGGACUCGGACGAGUCGUCCGAGUCCAUGAACGCCGCCAGCAUCCAUAAACAAGUCGUUAGAAGCAAGGUGCAGGGCUUCACCCCGUCGACGCCGCCUCAGACCGCCGCGGCGAAGCGGCGGAAAGGCGUUCCUCGCCGAGCUCCCACCGGCGGCCUUCUACUAGGAUAUUGAAUAUUUGGAGGUGAUGAUGAUGGUGUUGUGGUUCCAGGCAUACUGAGCUGUAGCAAUGGAAGCCGAUGCUGGAAUUCCCAAACCAAGAUAGUGCAGUGUGUUGUUACAUAGUAAAAAGUAAAAAUUAAAAUUAAAAAAAGUUAGCAUAAAUGUGUUGUGUAACAUAGUAGUAGUAAGUAGAAAAUGAAUAAGGGCCUUGAGAGAGGCAAAACAUCACUAUUAAUCCUCACUUGUGAUUAAAUAAUCACGUUUACCGAAAUAUGUGUAUCAGAUUAUGUAAUUAAUAUGUACUUGUAAGUUGUAAUAUUAUAGUUCUGACAAGAAUUACUCAAUGCAGUAAAGGAUCUCAACUUCAUAGACAUGGAAA